AUGCGACCGGAAGUUUCCAAAGAGAAGAAGAAUGUACACGUUCAGUUCGUUUCAGAAACAAAUCAUUAUGACAAAGGAAAACAUAGUCGAAGCCAAGAACCAUUGACAGAUGGACAAAUGAAAAAAAACUUUAUGACAGCAAUUGAAUUCGUGGCAUCUUUACCAAUGUCGCAACAAAAUAAUACAGCGAAAGAUAAUGAUCAAGAUCAAGAUCAAGAUCCAAUAACUAAGAUGAGAGAUCAACUGAUCGUACGUAAAAAAUUACAUUAUCAUUGUCGUCAAAUAAAUGAUAUAAUGUGUUUGAUUGCUGUGUUCGGUUUGGUACUGAUGAUCAUCGAUACUGAACUACGGCUUAAUCAAGUAACAGCAACUAGCAUCGUCCUGAUUCGGCCUUUAAUAGGUAUCUCAACAGGAAUACUAGUCGGACUUAUAUUUUAUUAUCAUUCAAUCAAUAUACGACUAUAUGCUAUUAACAACCACAUUGCCGAUUGGCGUGUUACAAUAACAAUUCCAUUAAUUGUCUUCAUCUUGGGUGAAGUUCUUGUAUGUGCUAUCCAUCCAUUUCCGUAUAAUAACAAGCCAACGUCAAUGUCUUCAUUGUUAAAUGAUUCUGGUUGGAUUCAAAUGUUUCUUACAUUGCCAAUGUUUGCUCGUCUCUAUCUAAUUGCACGUAGUGUAACAUUACAUUCACCACUGGUGAGUGCAGCGUCAUCGCGAACUAUUGGCUAUCUCAAUCGAGUUCCAAUAACCAUUUCAUUUAUCCUGCGAGCUUUGUUACAAACUUAUCCGGCUCUCAGUUGGACAUGUGUCAUGGUAGUAACGCUGCUUGUCGCUACUUGGUCAUUACGUGUAUGCGAAAAAGCAAUGUGGUGGCCGAUAAAUCCGUUAUUAGCACGAUCAACCGAAUCUACAUCGACAUUCAGUAGUGCAAUAUGGCUCACAAUUGUGACAUUUACUACUGUCGGAUACGGUGAUGUUACACCUUUAACUUAUUGUGGCCAAGGUAAGACCAGACAAAUUAUAUGA